AGUGUUGGAGGUUGGAAUGUCAUGAAUUGUUUUCGUACACACUGCACAUCAGCUGUGGCGUCGUCCUUGCGCAUUUUUAGAUCUAGUUCAGUCUAGCGAGAAUAAAAAAACAGACCUACAGACAAAGUUUAUUAACAGACGUUAUCAAGAUGAUGAUGGACUACUUUGUGACGAAUAAUUCCUUAGCACCCGCACCGAUGGGAAUACAAAGCACGGCGGGUGCUGUACCUGUGAAAAAUGACAAAGGAGAAUUGUCGAUGAAAAAGGUAAAGGUACAUCGCUAUGUUUCUGGUAAACGACCAGAUUAUGCAGCUGCAAGCUCAGAUGAGGAAUCGGAAGAGGAGGAUUUUCUGGAGAAACGUGUACAUAAGAGUUACGAUGACAACGAAGCCGUUACGGAUGUUACCGCGCAUUCACACGCGAGAAUCAGAGACGAGGAUGAUCCGCGUUUACGAAGAUUAACGCGACAGCAAAAGGAAACGCCAACAGAAGUGCGUACAGAAAGACACAGACACAUUCAUGAGCCCGAGUUCAUCGAGAUUGAAUUGGAUAGAACGCGAGAGAGGAUCAAAUUAGAGAGCUCCGAUUCUUCCGAGGACGAGGAAUUGUCAGACUCAGAGAUAGAGAAGCGACGAGAAGCCCUAAAACAACGAGUGUUAUCCAAGAAGGAAACGGAAGAAGAAUUGAUACAUGGCGAAGAGGAGGAUAGAUCGGGCCAAAGUUCGGAGGAAAGUUCGGAAUACGAGGAAUAUACAGAUUCUGAAGAAGAGACUGGACCGCGAUUAAAACCUGUAUUUGUUCGCAAAAAGGACAGAAUCACAGUGAUGGAAAAGGAGAAGGAGGCAAUGCGGCAAAAGCAAGCAGAGGUUGAGAUUAAAAAACUGGCCGAAGAACGAAAGAGACAAACCCUGAGAAUGGUGGAGGAGGCAGUACGGAAGGAGACGCAAAUGGGAAACAAAGGUAACAUCGAGCAAGAGAGCAAAUUGAACGAUGUUUGCACAGAUGACGAGAAUGAUGAGGUAGAAUAUGAAGCUUGGAAAUUGCGCGAGCUGAAAAGAAUCAAGCGAGAUCGCGAAGAGAGGGAACAACUUGAGAAGGAACGUCUCGAAAUCGAGCGUAUCCGUAACAUGACAGAGGAGGAACGAAGACAAGAGGCACGAUUGAAUCCGAAAAUGAUUACUAAUAAAGCGGCGAAAGGGAAGUACAAAUUUUUGCAGAAAUACUAUCAUCGUGGCGCCUUCUACUUGGAUAAAGACGAUUCCAUAUUUAAACGUGAUUUCUCCGGCGCAACUUUAGAGGAUCACUUUGACAAAACGAUUUUACCUAAAGUCAUGCAAGUAAAGAAUUUUGGACGCAGCGGUAGAACCAAGUAUACUCAUUUGGUUGAUCAAGACACCACGCAAUUCGAUUCACCUUGGAUAUCGGAGACUGCGCAAAAUCUAAAGUUUCACAAUAAUCAAGCGGCCGGGAUGAAACAAGUUUUUGAUCGACCUUCCUUAAAAAAGAGGAAAACUGAAAAUUAAAUUAUACAAGUAUUUUUUUUGCGUUUAUUUUCUUUUUACAGCAGUUACAUACGGAAAACAUUUGUAGAUACAAAUAUGGCAAUAUAACAAAUAUAAAACUUAAUAAUAACGUAA